UAUUUCUUCGUAAAAAGCGGCAUUGUUUUAAAACUAAUUUGCACUAUACACAUACAUAUUUAUGUGUGUAUGUUUACAGAAUACUAAUAUAAUUAAAAUUUAAUAUCACAAAGGCCUGUUGCCAUAACAACCUUGUAUUUAGGAAACACAAAACGCUCACAAUAUUUGGGGGUUACUUAAAUUUGCUUUCGUAUGGUUGACAAAGGAUUAGGUGGCAUGAAAUUGAGUAGAGCGCACCGAGUAAUAUGUGUAUUUGUAAAUUUCUAACUACCAAUUCAAGAGUAAAUAAAAGAAAUGUGCAUGAUAACAGAGUUCAAAUAUGUCGGAAAAAGAAAACAAAACCGCAUCAUCGGACCAUUACGUACAAUUAGAUGAAAUCAAGAGAACCUGUGAAAACUUAAUCAGUUCAACGCAGACUGACUUGGAACUUUUUACGCAUGAGCAGCUCCAUUUAAGGAAUCAAAUAGAGGAUAUAUUAGCUGAAAAUAAAACAAUAGACAAGAAACUGGAAGCUCUUAAAACCACAACUGUCCAGAUUACCGGAGAAUCCAGGGAUGAUGCCACGAGGGAAAAAUUUACAAACGAUGCAUUACUGAAUAUUAAAAAACAAAUAGAUUCUCUGGAAGCGGAAAACAAUGAAUUGAGAUCUCUAAAUAAGAGCUCACGGAAAAGAAUACAAAUUCUCGAAAGUGAAAUUCAAAAUUAUAGAAAUUAUUUAUGUGAAUCGAAAACCGUUGCUGAGACAAAGCAAAAGUAUGAGACUGCUAUGUUAGUGCUGGAAAAUACCAUUCAAACACAGAAGACGCAAAUUACAAAACAAACACAAGUCAUCGAAAAUCUAUUCCAGCAAAAGGAUCAGUUGAAUAAACAUAUUAAAAAACUCGAACAAGAAAAGGAAAGUUUAAACAAUGCGACUACAACAGCUACAAUCGAAAAACUUAAAGUAAAACUUAAUGAGUCAACACGUCAAACGAAAGAGCUUCAAUUAUCUCUAAAAAUGGCGAAAAGUGUAAUCGAAGAACGUUAUGAGCGUGAAAAAUGUGCCCUACAAAAGGUACAAGAAGCGUUAUCAAUAGCUGAAGCAGCGGUGGUGGACAAGGAAGAUGCACAGAAGCGGGAGCAAGUUGUUAAAGAGGAAUGCGAUAAUUUGGCAUCUACGAUCGGCCAAGUAAUGGACGAAGCAGCGAAAAAAGUAGACCAGGAUAUGGAUGAAUUGCGGAGGAAGUUUAGUGAAAAGGAGCGUAGCCUUUUGGAAUUUCAGUUGCAUAUGAAGGAAGAAAUAAAAAAGCAAAAGAAGUUCAACCAAAUACUGGAGACACGUUGUAACAGAUUUCAACAAAAGUACAAAGACAGUAUGAAGGAAGUUGAAAAUUUAACACAACAGUUGGAAAGCGCAGUUAAAGCGUUGGUUGAAAUGGAGAAUAAGAUAAGCAAACAAGAAAGUCUACAAAAAAUAUUAAUGAAGCGUGCUGAAGAAAAGGAAGAUGUAAUUCAAAAUUAUAUUAAAACGAACACGAGGUUGAAAGAGGAGUAAGCAUAUACAAUUAAUGAUAUACCUAGUUAUAUAGUUGCACAUACAAAAAUACGCUCUCGGACAUAACAAAAAAAUUUGAAAUGGAAAUUUAUUAUCUACAAAAUGAAAAUGCUAGACUCAGGACUAAAUAACAUUUAAAUUCAGAGGAUAAAUAAUAUUUAUUGCAAAUUAUGAAUAAAACGUAUAAAAAUUUAUAUUUAAUUAUAUGUAUUAUUUUAUAUGAAAUGACAAUAUUUUUAAGCAUUACAAAUUUUUAAGCGAACUAACAAGAACUGUAUAUAUUUUAUAUUUGUAUAUACAUAUGUACGAGUACGUACAUAUUCAUUAAUGUGUAAAAUAUACGCGAAUACCUAAAUUUAA